GCCACCUGUCAGUGUCAAUCAAUGCCAGCUGUCAGUGCUCAUCAGUGCCACGUACCAGUGCCCAUCAAUGCCACAAAUCAGUGCCUACCAGUGCACAUCAAUGCCACAUAUCAGUGCCCACCUGAGCUGCCUUUCAGUGCCACCUAUCAAUGCCAGGCAGUGCCGCCUAUCAUUGCACAUCAGUGCCGCUUAUCAGUGCUGCCUAUCAGUGCCACCUAUCAGUGCCAUCAAUGCCUCCUCAUCAGUGCCCAUCACUGCAGCCCCAUCAGUGCACAUUAGUGAAGGAGAAAAAUCACUUAUUUACAAAAAUUUUAUAA